AUGCAGGAGAGUACAUCAAAAAGACUAUCUGGGAACCCCAAGGAACCGGACGACAACUUGGGAUUCAUUCCCGUAGACGAUCAAUGGUGGAACGCAUCCAUUGGCUUUGAAGCUCCUGCCGGCAAUUACUACUCCACGAUCAAUGAUCUGCACAAAUUUGGUGACGCCGUGCUUCUUAACAAAUAUCUGAGUCCUGCAAAGACAAGAAAGUGGCUCAAGCCAGCCACUGGCACAUCCUCGGCAGGGACGUUCAUCGGCACACCAUGGGAGAUCUACCGCGCUCAUAACGUGACCAAAGACGGGCGCCUCAUUGAAUUCUACACCAAAGGCGGAGACCUGAUCACAUACCACUCAUUCAUUGUGCUCAUACCAGACUACGAUCUUGUCAUCACGGUCUUGAGCGCCGGUCCAGAGAGCGAUAGCGUGCCCACUCUAGUAUGGUCAGAGCUUGCCACGGCCCUCCUUCCCAGCAUCGAACAAGCCAGCAAGGACGAGGCACAGCCGGUGUAUGCCGGGACGUAUAGUGAUGAAGGAACCAACUCGACAAUCGUCCUCUCCUUGGACGAUUCUCCCGGGUUUUCAGUUGAUACCUGGAUCAUCCGUGGCGUCGAUAUUAUCAACACCUAUUUAAGCAUCAAUCUGCCACCGGUUUUCCCCACACCCGAAGGAGAGGUGCGCGUCCGUAUGUACCCAACCGACAUCAAGACAGACAAACAGGAAUCGUGGAGAGCCGUUCCUACCGUCGGCACUCCCGAGGAGAUUGAGGCUACAAAUGCCUUGCUGUUCUGGCAGGAUGGCGCCUGUCUGACUUGGGCAUCUAUGGAUAGAUUCGUUACCCCGAGAUGCUGCGUCAGCGCCGCGCGCGCAAUGCCAUGGCGCAAGGCGUGGAUCGACCCGCAAGAGUACAGUGACGCGGGCGAACUCCGGCGCGUCCUGGAGAGGCGCGCGUAUGAGGUCUGGAUCAGCGAGAUCAUGCUACAGCAGACACGCGUCUCAGUUGUUAUUGACUACUGGAAUCGGUGGAUGGCGAAGUGGCCGACUAUCCAGGACCUCGCAAAGGCCGAUGAGCAGGAUGUGCUGAGCGCCUGGCGAGGUUUGGGAUACUACAGCCGCGCGACGAGGAUUCACACUGCAGCGCAGAAGGUUGUGAACGAUAAAAAGAUGAAUGGCCUCUUGCCUGAAACUGCCGAGGAGCUCGAGGCAAAUGUCCCAGGAGUCGGCCGCUACACUGGAGGCGCCAUCUCAGCCAUCGUCUUUGGCCACGCAGCGCCGAUGGUGGACGGCAAUGUGCUGCGUGUUCUGAGCCGGCAGCUGGGGAUCUUGGGAAAGACUCUAGAGGUGGCUGUUGAUCACGCUCGGAAAUUCCCCGUCAAGGCUAUCAAAAAGGCUAGACGUCCCGACAAAGGUCUACUUGCUGGCCUGUGGGAGCUUCCGAGUCUCAUCUUACCGGGUACAAACGAUAGCACGCCGAAGUUGCGAAAGAAGGCUGCGCAGGAAUUCGUCUCUGGACUUCUCAGUAGCGAAGGAAAGGGUCGUCCGAAAGACCAGUCGGGGAAGCUGCCGGCGGGGCUAAGGCACGUUGGAGAACUUGGUAGUGUGCCAUGGUUGUUUUCUCAUAUCAAGCUGACUAUGCAUGUUCAAUUCUUCGAGCUCGAGACCGAGACAGGUGAUGCAGAAGCGUUUGAUAUCAGCGGUCGGCUCAGUCGGUGGGCUUCAGGCGACGACAUUGAGCAAGAGACGAUGGGAACAGGCAUGCGGCAGUGCUGGACUCUUGCCAAAGAAGUCGAGCCGUGA